AUGUCUUAUACUAUACGUGAAGCCCGUAUUCGCUUCGGACAUUGGAUCAUACAAUAUGAUUUGGGAGCUCGUGCACUAUCUGAUUCGUUCGGUUCGGGCUCCAGAUAUUAUAGAAAAAGGUUUAAGGCGAAAAGAGUGAUGUUUACAGUGUUGGUCUCUUAUGGGAGAUAUCAAAUGGUCGUGCUCCUUUUUAUUGUGAAGGUGGACAAUACGACAUUUAGUUUGGAAAGGUUUAGGUGUAGAAGAGUAAAUACUCAAAAGGAAAAUGUGUCAUUAUACACGAAUUCUUCUAAUAUUGAAAAUGUUCAAAAUGAUAGUGAUAAAGAAAAUGAAAACGUUGACAAUAUUAUAGAUCAGUAUACCAACAUUCCAAAUCAUAAUGAUGAUCAUCAUUUUGCUUAA